CAUCUCACUAUCUCUCUCUCAGAAUUUCAUCCCUCUCUCUCAGCCCUAGGUCCCGCCGCCACAACCACUUUGCGCCAUCGCCGGAGCCCGGCAGAUCCAUCGCGGCCAACCGCCAUCUUCUCCCUCCUCUCCCUUUUCUUUCUAUCACUUUCUCUCUUCUCACACCCAAUGCACACACCCAGAUCCGCACUCAAAUUAGCGGCGUGGGUGCCGCCGCUCGUCCUUCCCGGCAAAGCAACGACGAUAAGCCGCUGACACGCUCGGCUCUCCCUUCUCUCUCUCGGCGGCAUCACCGCCUUAUCUCCUUUACCCCUCUGACUUAGAUCGGCGACGGUGAGAGCCUCCGCCGUUUGAGCCCUAGCCCCAAUCACGGCUCCCACAGAAUCCGCCGCCGCCAGCCACGCCGCCUCCCCCUCCUGACUCCUACCGACGACACUAGCGCCGCCGUCCUCAUUCUCCUCUCCCCCAGAUCUGACAAAAUCUCUCUCUCUCUUUCGAACAAACUUCGGCGGACGACGGCAACCCUUUUCCGGCCGCCGCCACCGCUCGUUCUCCCCUUCAAAUCUUCAACCGACAACAGCAGAGUCGCGGCCGCCGCCUACCAUUUUCUUCUCUGCUUUAUGGUUAAUCAAGAAACGCUUUGUGUUUCACGUGUUUUACGUAUUCUCAAGGUCAGCGAACAGAUUGGUUACACGACUUGCAUCCAAUAUUGUUUAGAGUACUUGGAAGCCGUCCCUUGGGUGGGACAAGAGGAGGAAGAGAAAGUGGUUUCUUUAGUCUGCCACCUUGAAGGUGAGGGCAUUGGGGUGAAGCCAGUACUGAAACGAGUGUCUCCCGAAAUCCCAACACCACCUAACGACACCCUUUCUCACAUAUUGGAGUUGGUGCUAAAAAGCAGAGAAGAAAAGGAUCGGAAACCACCGCGGUUCCGCUGCCGCCAUCGCCGAACCCGACCCAAACUCCCAGAAUACAAAUCUCAGCCCAAAAGUAAAAGUAUCAAGAUUCAAAUGUUGGAUGAAAUUUGUGAUGUUGGAUGUAAUAUUGGAUUAAUAAUGUUUGAAUGA